AUGGAGUUCUUGGACGAAAUCAACGCUACCUUUUUCCGGGAGUUCCUUCUCAAUCUGUCAGCAGAGGAGAGAGGGUUACUCUUCCAGUCUGUAGGAUUACAGGAAGGUGCUGACAUUCAGUCUCUCUUUCUGCCAGAGGACUCGCUCAGCGAUUAUCAGGCCUAUCGAAUCCACAAACUCCUCCUACUUUAUAUUCCACCAAUUCUCCUCAUAUUUGGCACAUUCGGAAACGUGUUCUCAUUUCUGACCCUUCGACAAAAAUCCAUGGCUAAAAUAUCCACCUAUUUCUAUCUGUCUGUUUUGUCCCUGUCUGACUUCAUGGUGCUCUACUUUGGCCUUCUCCGACUCUGGGUUGCCGAACUGACAAACUUUGACAUCCGAGAUCAGUCGGAUACACUAUGUAAGCUGGUGAUGUUCUUGGGGUAUGUCAGUAGCGACCUAUCUGUGUGGCUGAUCAUAGCCGUCACUGUGGAGCGGUACAUCGUUGUGGCGCACCCAUUGAAAGCUUCGACCUUUUGUACCGUCCCAAAAGCCAAGAAAGCCACUUUGGCGGUGGUCUUGGUGCUAGUGUCCAUACACAUCCAUUUUAUGUGGUCUGUGAAGCUAUCAGAGGACCUUACCGCGUCACCCAGAUGUGCCCAGUCAGGAGGAUUCCAGUAUUUUGUCACCGUCAUAUGGCCUGUCAUCGAUACUCUCAUUUACUUUGUCGUUCCGUUUGUCAUCAUAUCGACCAUGAACGCGUUCAUCAUCUGGCAAGUGAGGAAAGCCAAAUCUGGACGUGUUGAAAUGCAGAAUGAAAGAAUUGUCUCAGUUUCGCCCAAUAAGCCCAACAGUAACUGUCUUCUUGAAGGGAAAAAGCGUUCCAGGAACGACAAGGACAGCUGCACGAAAAUCACUAUGAUGCUUUUGACGAUAUCUUUCGCCUUUGUGAUAACCACAUUACCCAUGAACAUAUGUAUGAUGGCCGCCUCCACAUGGAACCAUAACGACACGGGAGACAAAUCAAAAAUGUCCAAACUUCAGCUGACUAAAACUAUCGCGGAGCUGCUUAUGUAUGUUAACCACUGCGUUAAUUUCUUCUUAUAUUGUGCCACGGGACAAAAGUUUCGCCAGCAAAUUCUCCGCCUGUGUUGCUUUCGGCAUCUGAUCGGACAGCCCGUCAGUGACCACAGCAAACACCUAUAUUGCUCCAAGCGAGGAAGUAAUCUUUCGCCGUUCGCUUAUCGACAAACGUCGAAUGAAUCCGAUGAGCCGUCCAAAUGUUUGUUUGAGAGCAGAGUUUGA